UAAAUGUUAAGCAGAAGAGAGGGUGGCAAGAAGACGGGGUGGAGCUGCUAUUGCAGUGACCAGCACCAGUCAUGGGAAGGGCUGCCCAGAAAAUCCUCAUCUCUUUACUCUGGCUAGCAGCAACAAUUUGUAAGGCUGAGGACACCUGCCCAGAGGUGAGGAUAGUGGGACUCAGCGGUUCUGAUAAACUCGCCGUUCUCCAAGGCUGUCCUGGGUUUCCUGGUGCCACAGGAGCCAAAGGAGAACCAGGAGCUGCAGGAAUGAAAGGAGAACGGGGACCUCCGGGAAUCCCUGGCAAGGCGGGACCAACUGGCCCAAAAGGAGAAAGAGGUCCUGCUGGCCCCACUGGAGUGAAAGGAGAUAAAGGAGCAUCGGGAACUCUUGGAACAGUUGUUGGAGAGGAAGAGCUGGACGAUAUACAGUGUCAGAAAGGAGCAAAGAACUGCAAGGAGCUGUUAGCUAGAGGGAACACCCUGAGCGGCUGGUACACCAUCUACCCCCAUGACUGUAACGCCAUGACCGUGCUGUGUGACAUGGACACAGAUGGUGGAGGAUGGAUUGUGUUCCAGAGACGGGUGGAUGGCUCCGUGGAUUUUUUCCGUGACUGGAAUUCGUACAAGAGAGGUUUUGGGAGCCGGCUGUCAGAAUUCUGGCUGGGGAAUGACAAUAUCCACCUGCUAACAUCCCUUGGAACCAGCGAGCUUCGUGUUGAUCUCCGAGAUUUUGACAACAAGUAUCAAUUUGCCACCUUUGGAUCAUUCAAAAUUGGAGGGGAGACUGAGAAAUACAAGCUGAUCCUUGGAGCCUUUGUUAAUGGCACUGCAGGGGAUUCAUUAAUCAUCCACAACAACAUGCCGUUUACAACCCGAGACUUUGACAAUGACCUGUAUUCAGGUAACUGUGCAACAUCCUUUAAAGGAGCCUGGUGGUACAAGGAUUGUCACUGGUCCAACCUGAACGGAUUAUACUUGAGAGGAGCCCAUGAAAGCUAUGCUGAUGGGGUGAACUGGAAGACAGGCAAAGGGCAAAAGUACUCCUACAAGGUGUCAGAGAUGAAAUUUAGGCCCAUGUAGCCAAUCAGAGAAGCAGUUAUAGUAAUUCCACUUAGCUCUUAUACAGCAAUUAUAGGCCUGUCAUAGUGAUCAUUUAGCUGGAGAUGUGCUGAGAUGAAUUCUUUUUAUAGCACAAUGUUUUCUUUGUCUUUCAUGUUCUGUUUUUCUGCUCACCCAAUGAGAAGCGCAGCCAUUUAUGUAACAGAAAGUAGAAAUAUGGGCUCAUUAGUCAGUCAUGGAAUGGGUAAAUCUCUGCAAAGCUACUAAAGAAAUGGUUAAAUACACAUGGACCCAAAGUCAUAAGUAAAGCUAGAGCCCAUCACCUUCAGCGCAAUAACUGCAAGCCCCUAGUACCUGAGCUAAGUAAGUCUCUUUAGCUGGGUGUAAUGGGCCAUUGUCUUUGUAUACCAGCCACUAAGGGAAGACAUCAAAUUACACACUCAGCCCCUGCAGUGCACUAGGACUAGAGCUGGUAACAAUAAGGCAAAAAUAGUUUUGUGGGGAAAAAAUGAAAUUUCUAAGUUGUUUUCAUUUCAAAAGGUUGAAAAUGCACCUUUUUUGGUUUUGUUUUUAAUUUUUUGUAUUUUUUCCCAGUUCCUUCCCCCGAUAUGUAUUAAGAAAAAUGUCAUUGAAUGUUCUCAUUUACCAAAGUCCUGGCAUUCUAUAGACAAAAAACAUUUGUCGUCAUCAUGAGAACAUUUUUGAUAAAAAAAGAAAUGCUGAAAAAUUUCAAUAAAAAAUAUUGUGAAUUUUUCCAGUCAAACAAAACAUUACAAUGAUGUCAAUGAUAUUUUAUUAAAAUUUUCAUUAAAAAAAAGCUGUUUGUCCAUAGAAAACUCUUAGUGUCUGGUGACACUGUGACAAAAAACCCAGAGCACCAUGUCUCAGGACCUGGGUCAGCUGACUCAGGCUCACAGGGCUAUAAAAUUGCAGUGUCGACAUUCAGGCUUGGGCUGGAGCCUGGGCUCUGAGACUCUCCCCUGUAUGUGGCGUCACAGCCUGGGAUCCAGCCUGAGUCCAAACAUCUCUGCUGCAAUGUUAUAGCUUUGCAGCUCGAGCCCCGAGAGCCUGGGUUGGCUGACCCAGGCUAGCUGCGGUCAUGCCACAAGUCUUUUAUUGCAGUGCAAACAUGCCCUUAGCUCCAUGCUCUGUCUUCUGCUGCUUCCAUUACCAGAGGCCUCACCACAGCUCCUACCACUGUCAAGCAAUUUUUCCUCUGCUGCUAGUGAAUCAUUUCCCUUGGAAGCUGCAUCUGCCAGUGGCGAACCUUCCCCUCUGUUAGUAAAGCAAACGCUGGCUCAAUGAUGUGCAUUCCGCAGACUUUUUUUUUUUUUUUUAAAACAUACAAGACAGUUCAAUUUCAUCAGAGCUAAAACAAUGCCUGGUCUUGCACUAGGUGAAUUAGAGAGGUGGGAAGGCAAAGUGUAACCAUGCUAGAAGGAGACACAAUUUGUCUGGGUACACUGGGGAGUACAAGAGAGGGUAGCUACCUCUGCCAGGAGCACUGUUCCCCAGAGGGGGCAUGUCAGAGAAGAGGGAUGGUGCAAAUAGAAGAGUUCUGCAAGGAUCUCAGGCUACUAGAAACUCCCACUGCCCAGCCAGGCCUCGGGAGACAUAACAGGCCAUAGUCUCGUCCACUGAUGCUGGAUUAAAGCAACCCGUGGCCCUAGACUACCCCGACAUGGCCCCCACCAACUUGGAUUGCUGGUGGCAGGGCCCUCCUCCCCUCCAGGGAGUCAGAGACAAUAGCAUGGGGCAUCCUUUUCUUCCUCAGAAGGGACCUCUUUCCUCUCCAAAGAGGUAACGCUGGCAGCAGGAGGUCCCCCGCCCCGGUACUUAGUCCAGAAGCAGGGGGUUAAACUAUAGUCAUCAUGGAGGGGGUGGUUGGCCCAAACCUGAGCAGUGCUCUGACUAGGUCACACCACCACUCACUGUAAUUUGGCCUGGCCGGCUGCCUCUCAUGGUAAAAACAAAACAACAUAUUGGGCCUCCUGCCGCGUUUGGGCCUUAGGCAGGUGCCUAGUUUGCCAAUGCAUUAAUCUGGCCUUGAUGACCAAGGGAAGAGACAGGGCCGGCUCCAGCAAUUCUGCCACCCCAAGCAAAAAAAAAAAAAAAGAGCGCGAUUGCCAGCGGCAAUUGGAAAAAAAUAAAAUAAAAUAAAAGCCGCGAUCGGCGGCGGCAGUUCGGCGGCAGGUCCUUCGCUCCUAGAGGGAGUGAGGGACCUGCCGCCCCCGAAUUGCCACAGGUGCCGCCCCUCUCCCUUGGCCGCCCCAAGCACCUGCUUGUUAAGCUGGUGCCUGGAGCCGGCCCUGGGAAGAGACACCCCUUUGGGGCCCCUGCCAGCUCCAUGGCAGAGCCCUGCACUGUUGACUUCCCCCAGCAGCAGGAGGGAAGGGGAAGCGACUUCACCAGUCACUCUGGCAACUCUCCUCCCUCAACCGAAGGGAGGAAGGGACACAACAGCAGUCCUCAGCAUCCCGUUCGAGGGAAGAAGACAGCCAGGCAGCCAACACUGCACAGGGCAGAUCCCUCAUGUCCAGGAAAGCAGGAUGGAGGCUGUGAAUAGCCCAGUUUCCCUCACAUGAAGAGCCCAGCCAGGGAGAGGCGAGGAAAAUAGGUGUCCCUGCAGCCAGCCAGUGCAGAACUUCCAGACCCAACAACUGGCCUGUCUGUGACCUCAACCUGCAGAAAAGCCCCAGGAGGGGACAAGCUGCUCCUCCUGCCAGCAACUGGAGACAGCUCCUCUCUCUUGCCACGGCCUGCAGCCUGAUGGCCCUGCAGCAGCCCACACCAGAGCUGGGAUUUCGGAUCCAGAGACCCAACCUGCCUGCAGCUGAACCCGUGGGCUCCAAGUUUUAAAGACUGGCAGCACCAUUUCAGGAAGGAGUUGGUGGUUAGUCCUUCUCCAGCGAUCCCCAGGAAUCAUUCGCUACCUGUGAUUUAUGCCCAAGACCUGCUGGCCUGCACCAAUCUCUUGAUCACUCAGCCAGACGAGGAACCUGAGUGAGUGCCUGUGUUAUAGUUAGCUAGGCAGUUAGGGUUCAGUCUUGCACCAUUAGAGCAUACUGUAGCUGCAAAACGACUUUCAUCUACUGGGAUCAUUGCAACCUGCACUGUCAACUCCCAGUAUAAUAAAGUGUGUUUGUAACAGCAUCUCCUUACAGGCCUGUGACGGGUUCCCAAAUGCACCACCUCGGUCCUGAGACGUGGGGAACAGUCGGAACUGAGGGGGGGAGACACUUUUGGUUAGGAACAUUGGGGACUCCGUGGUCAUGUGACAUAGGGUGCUUGCCAGCAUCGCCUUUAGUAAUUAAAAAUUAUUAAUACCUCAAAUCGUUUAA